AUGGGUUCAACUGCAAAAAGGAAUGGACGAUUAAGUGAUGCUGAGCGAGCCGAACUGGCCAAGAAGUUGGAUGAUGACCUGGAUCGAUUUGUGGAAAAUCUUGCCGAACAGAAAAAUCGCAAUAACGAAAAGAAAGCAUUUGAUUUUGAUGAAUGGUGCAGAGAGAUUGACCAGCAUCCGGCAUUCAUGACCGAAUUAAAGCCCGAUAAAAGCGGCGAAUUCUCUGGAGCCGUUCAAGCA